GCGAAGUCUACACAGUUCUCAAACCUCGAAAGGCUAGAACGGCAUUACCGCCUCAUGAUUUAGAUAUAACCCUGAGAUCUCGACCACCGCGGCGAGCCGGCGACGCCUAUCUCCUCCAGUCACCCUCUCCCCUCACAUACAGUCUGUCACAAUGACAUCCUCCAACCCCUCACAACUAUUUCUCCUCGCGGAUCACAUAAAACUAUCACUCCUAGAAAGACAGAGAGCCGUAUCACUGAACCUAUCACCUAACUCUCAGGAUGGGCAGAUAUCCCGGUCCUUAGAUUCACUCAAGGCGGGAUUGGAUGCGAUCGAGACACACCUGGCGGAGUCCGAGGAUUCAGAUCUGCGCGACCAACUAUUCCGACUGCAAACACAGUAUAGGGACUUAUCGGCCCAAUUCGAGACCGGCGACGGCUCCGACAAGGCGCUGACGACCCCAAAUGACCCCUCUCUCCAAUCCGACUUCUCCGCCGCACAGAGGGCAUCAAAGAGCCCCGUCCCACAAUCUGGGCGCAAUGCCACCCUGUCCAAAUCCGUCCGAUUCACCGACAACCCCGAAGACGAGGAUCGAAACGCCUUAUUCCCGUACCGUGAUGACCCCGAUGACGAAUCACCGGAUCAAUCGCACCUGAACAACCAGCAGAUCCACCAAUAUCAUUCACAAGUCCUCCGCGAGCAGGAUACGCAGCUCGAUGCGUUAGGCGAGUCGAUCGGUCGGCAGCGGGACUUGAGCAUCCAGAUCGGCGAUGAGCUCGACAAUCAGGCGCUGCUGCUCGACGAUGUGGACGAGCGGACCGACCGCCAUCAAUCGCAGCUGGACCGAGCGAAAACGCGGGUGAACAAGAUCGGGAGGGCGGCGCGGGACAACUGGAGCAUGACGAUUAUCAUUCUGCUGAUCGUCAUUCUCAUUCUGUUGAUAGUAAUCCUGAAGUGAUGAUCCUUUUCAUAUGGCAUUUGCAUGGCGUUGUGGUUACGUAGACGGACGCCCAUCGGAGGCGUUUCAUCUUGGCAUGAUUAUUAGUGAUGGAAAUGAGCCGAAAGGAUUUAGCAUUUGAUUUUUUAAUCGCAAAUUGAGCCGUUGUGGUUGAUCUCGCGUUGCUCGUAAUGUCUACGCAUGUCGCAUGUAGUCCCCUUCCGAAACCGGUAC